ACGCCGCCCCCGGCCGGGUCUCCACUUCUCGGCCGCACCUCCCAUGACAGCGCCCGCGCGAAGAUGGCUGCGAAGGGCGCGCACGGCUCCCACCUGAAGAUGGAGAGCGAGCUGGAGCGCUGCCGCGCCGAGGGCCACUGGGACCGCAUGCCCGAGCUGGUCCGGCAGCUGCAGACGCUGGUCAUGCCCGGCGGCGGAGGCAACCGGCGAACCAGCCCGAAUGCCGUGUUCACCUCUCUGGACACCGAUGACUUUGGGAAGUUGCUCCUGGCCGAGGCCCUCCUGGAGCAGUGUUUGAAGGAGAACCACGCCAAGAUAAAAGACUCCAUCCCUUUGCCUGAGAAGAAUGAGCCGAAGAUGAAUGAAGCCAGAAACCAUCUGAGUAGUAUCCUUAACCACGGGAGGCUGUCUCCACAGUACCUGUGUGAGGCCAUGCUGAUCCAGGGCAAGCUGCACUACGUGGAGGGCUCGUACCGAGAUGCCAUCAGCAUGUAUGCACGGGCCGGGAUUGAUGACAUGUCCGUGGAGAACAAGCCACUGUAUCAGAUGCGGCUGCUGGCAGAGGCCUUUGUCAUCAAAGGCCUCUCCCUGGAACGCCUGCCCAACUCCAUCGCUUCCCGUCACCGCCUGACUGAGAGGGAGGAGGAAGUGAUCACCUGCUUCGAGAGGGCCUCCUGGAUCGCUCAGGUGUUCCUGCAGGAGUUGGAGAAGAUCACAAAUAACACCACGGCGCGGCACCUGAAAGGCUCUCACCCGGUUGACUAUGAGCUCACCUACUUCCUGGAAGCUGCCCUCCAGAGCGCUUAUGUGACAAACCUGAAGAAGGGGAACAUCGUGAAAGGGAUGAGAGAGCUCCGGGAGGUCCUACGCACCGUGGAGACCAAAGCAACUCAGAACUUCAAAGUGAUGGCGGCCAAGCAUCUGGCGGGGGUCCUGCUACACUCCUUGAGUGAGGAGUGCUACUGGAGCCCCCUGUCCCACCCGCUGCCUGAGUUCAUGAGCAAGGAGGAGAACUCCUUCAUCACGCAGGCCCUGCGGAAACCUCACCUCUACGAAGGAGACAACCUCUACUGCCCGAAGGAUAAUAUAGAGGAAGCCCUCCUGCUGCUGCUCAUCAGUGAGUCCAUGGCUACUCGGGAUGUGGUGCUGAGCCGGGCACCUGAGCAGGAGGAGGACCGGGCGGUGAGCCUGCGGAAUGCUGCAGCCAUCUAUGACCUCCUGAGCAUCACGCUGGGCAGGAGGGGCCAGUACGUCAUGCUCUCCGAGUGCCUGGAACGAGCCAUGAAGUUUGCGUUUGAAGAAUUUCACCUUUGGUACCAAGUGGCCCUCUCCAUGGUGGCUUGUGGGAAGUCAGCCUACGCCGUGUCACUGCUGCGGGAGUGCAUGAAGCUUCGGCCCUCGGACCCCACUGUGCCCCUGAUGGCCGCCAAGGUCUGCAUUGGGUCCCUGCACUGGCUGGAGGAGGCAGAGCGCUUUGCCAUGGUGGUGAUCGGCCUCGGGGAGGAAGCCGGGGAGUUCCUUGCCAAGGGCUACCUGGCACUGGGCCUCACAUACAGCCUGCAGGCCACUGACGCGACUCUGAAAUCCAAGCAAGAUGAGUUGCACCGGAAAGCAUUGCAGACCCUGGAGAGAGCCCAGCAGCUGGCGCCCGGUGACCCCCAAGUCAUCCUCUAUGUCUCCCUGCAGCUGGCCCUUGUCCGCCAGAUCUCCAGCGCCAUGGAGCAGCUGCAGGAGGUCCUGAAAGUGUGCCGGGAUGAUGCCAAUGCCCUCCACCUGCUGGCGCUCCUCUUCUCGGCCCAGAAGCACUACCAGCAUGCCCUGGACGUCGUCAACAUGGCCAUCACGGAGUAUCCCGAGAACUUCAACCUGAUGUUCACCAAGGUGAAGCUGGAGCAGGUCCUGAAAGGCCCAGAGGAAGCCCUCGUGACCUGCAGACAAAUGCUGCGGCUGUGGCAGACCCUGUACAGCUUCUCCCAGAUGGGAGGCCUGGAAAAGGAUGGGAGCCUCGGCGAGGGCGUCACCCUGAAGAAGCAGAGCGGCAUGCACCUGACUCUGCCUGAUGCCCAUGACGCAGACUCUGGCUCUCGGCGGGCAUCAUCCAUCGCAGCCUCCCGGCUAGAGGAGGCCAUGUCAGAGCUGACUGUGCCCAGCUCCAUCCUGAAGCAGGGUCCCAUGCAGCUGUGGACCACGCUGGAACAGAUCUGGCUCCAGGCUGCUGAGCUGUUCAUGGAGCAGCGACACCUCAAGGAAGCAGGUUUCUGCAUCCAGGAGGCGGCGGGUCUCUUCCCCACCUCGCACUCGGUACUCCACAUGCGGGGCCGGCUAGCCGAGAUGAAGGGCAGUUCGGAGGAGGCCGAGCAGCUGUACAAGGAGGCGCUCACGGUGAACCCCGACGGCGUGCGCAUCAUGCACAGCCUGGGUCUGAUGCUGAGUCGCCUGGGCCACAAGAGUCUGGCCCAGAAGGUGCUGCGGGACGCCGUGGAGAGGCAGAGCACCUGCCACGAGGCCUGGCAGGGCCUGGGCGAGGUGCUGCAGGCCCAGGGCCAGAGCGAGGCUGCCGUCGACUGCUUCCUCACUGCCCUCGAGCUAGAGGCCAGCAGCCCGGUGCUGCCCUUCUCCAUCAUCCCCAGAGAGCUGUGACCUCGCACUGCAGGGGCGGGGUGGGAGGGAGC